AUGAUGUUCUCUUAUAUUGUUAUCUCCUACUUACUGCUGAUUCCCUUUCUUUUGUGUUCCAAGGAUGUUAAUAGGUGCUUAGUGAGAAAAAAUUACCGUUUAUAUCAUGAAGGAAAUAUGGUGAUUGCUGGCUUUUUCCCUGCUUAUGCUGUCUCCCCACUCAACAAAACAACUGAUUGGAGAAUGCCAUAUUAUGCCAGAGAGAUGAUGGUGCAGCUUAAACUGAGGAACUACCAAUGUAUUUUGGCCAUGCUGUUUGCUAUUGAGGAGAUCAACAGCAAUCCUCAUCUUUUACCCAACACAUCUCUGGGAUUUGAAAUAUAUAAUAUUCCCUUUGGUGAAAGAUUCACUCUGGAAAAUCUCUUACCUUGGCUCACAGGCAAUAUACUUUACAUCCCUAAUUACACUUGUGCAAAGAAGAAAAAGUCAGUUGCUGUGCUUACAGGAAUGUCAUGGACAAUAUCUGAAUGCUUUGGAACACUGCUGGAUAUCUACAAAUUCCCACAGCUUACUUUUGGGCCAUUUGAUAGUAUCUUGAAUGACCAAGGCCGGUUUCCUUCUCUGUACCAAGUGGCCAACAUGGACACAUCUCUGUCACUGGGCAUAGUUUCUUUGAUGGUUUAUUUCCAGUGGACCUGGGUGGGACUCCUCAUUGCAGAUGACCACAAAGCUACUCAAAUUCUAUCUGACUUAAGAAAGGAUAUGAAUGAAAAUGGAAUAUGUAUAGCAUUUGUGGAAAUGGUUCUCAUCAGCAGGGGCUCAUUUCUGACAAAAUCCUGGAAAAAUCAGAUGCAGAUUCUGGAAUCAUCAGCAAAUGUGAUUAUCAUUUAUGGAGACACUGAUUCUUUAUUGAGCUUAAUAGUGAAUAUAAAUAGGGCAAUACUUAUGUGGAAAGUCUGGGUCCUAAACUCAAAAUGGGAUAUUUCCACAUUUGAUAAAUAUUUCCUCUUAGAUGUAUUGCAUGGAACUUUAAUUUUUUCCCACCAUCGUGAGGAGAUUGUAAAUUUUACAUCUUUUAUUCAAACAGCCAACCCUUCCAAAUUCCCAGAAGAUGUUUAUCUUCAUAUAUUGUGGCACAUGUUCUUUAACUGCUCAUUUUCAAGGAAGUAUUGUAAAAUUUUGGAUUACUGCUAUCCCAAUGCUUCUUUGGUAUUCUUACCUGGAAAUAUAUUUGACAUAGCCAUGAGUGAAGAAAGUUACAAUGUUUACAAUGCUGUGUAUGCUGUGGCCCACAGUCUGCAUGAAAUGACUCUCAAUCAAUUACAAAUUCAACAUCAUGGAAAAGGGAAAGAGAUGGUAUUCUUGCCCUGGCAGCUUCACCCCUUUCUGAAGAACACAGAAUUGACCAAUCCUGUUGGAGACCAUGUGGUUCUCAACUGGAAAAGGAAACCAGAUGCAGAAUAUGACAUUUUAAACUUUUGGAAUUUUCCAAAAGGUCUUGCACUAUAUGUGAAAGUAGGGACAUUUUUUCCAAAGGCUCCACAAUUUUCUUUAUCUGAUCACAUGAUACAAUGGGCUUCAGGAUUUACAGAGAUUCCUCAGUCUGUGUGCAGUGAGACCUGUCAUCCUGGAUUCAGGAAAACCAUCAUUGAAGGCCAUCCUGCCUGUUGUUUUGACUGCACUCCUUGUCCAGAGAAUGAGAUUUCCAAUGAGACAGAUGUAGAUCACUGUGUGAAGUGUCCAGAAAGUCACUAUGCAAACACAGAGAAGAACCAUUGCCUAGAGAAAACUGUAAUAUUUCUAGCCUAUGAAGACUCCUUGGGGAAGGCACUCACCUUCAUGUCUCUUGGCUUUUCCUCACUCACUACUGUGGUUCUUGGGAUAUUUCUGAGGAACAGAGACACUCCCAUUGUGAAAGCCAAUAACCAGUCACUCAGUUACAUCCUGCUCAUUACUCUCAUCUUCUGUUUCCUCUGUCCCUUGCUCUUCAUUGGCCAUCCCAACACAACCACCUGUAUCCUGCAGCAGAACACAUUUGGACUUUUGAUCACUGUGGCUCUUUCUACUGUGUUGGCCAAAACUAUUACUGUAGUCAUGGCCUUCAGAGUAACUGCUCUGGGAGGUAUCAUGAGGUGGUUAGUAAUAUCAAAGACUUCUAACAAAAUCAUUCCCCUUUGCACCACGAUCCAAAUUUUUAUCUCUGUAAUAUGGUUGACAAUAUCUCCUCCUUUUCUUGACACAGAUGAUCACUCUGAACAUGGACACACCAUCAUAAUGUGUAAUCAAGGUUCAGCUAUUGCCUUCCACUGUGUCCUAGGAUAUCUAGGAUUCCUGGCCCUAGGGAGCUACACUAUGGCUUUCUUGUCCAGGAAUUUGCCUGAUACAUUCAAUGAGGCCAAGUACUUGGCUUUCAGCAUGCUGGUGUUCUGCAGUGUCUGGGUCACAUUUCUUCUUGUCUACCACAGCACCAAGGGAAGGGUCAUGGUAGCUAUGGAAGUCUUCUCUAUUUUGGCUUCCAGUGCAGGAAUCCUAGGCCUUAUCUUUGUCCCGAAGUGCUACAUAAUAUUAUUAAGGCCAGAUAUGAAUUCAGUCAAUCAUAUAAGGGGGAAAACACAUCCUAUGAGAAAAAUUCCUCUUGAAGCUUAG